AUGAGUCACAAUUCUAGUGGUAGUGAUCCAAAACGUCAGCAAAAGUUAAGCAAGAGGAGCAGCAGCAGUGGUGGUGGUCGCAAGGCAAGUGCCAGUCCGAGUGUCACUGGAACACCACCGAUCAACCCGUCUACCCAAAACAUGAAGCGCAACAUUGGCAAAAGCAAGAGCAGCGGUCACCUGAAGCACUCGCCCUCGCUGGGCAAGGCGGGCAACCACAAGUCCCGCAGUAAUUCGGCGGGGAAAAAGUCCUCCUCGUUGACUCGUCCCUCGAAGGGCUCUUCGGCCAGGCCGUCUUCUGCCUCCAGUUUAUCAUCGUCAAAGAAGGGUGUUCAUUCGAGCAGCAGCAGCAGCAGUCUGGGCCCAGUGCAGAUCAGCAACUUCUCCAAGCUGCACCUGAUACAGAAGAGCGUCGCCAAGAGUCGCAUUGUGCCGAAGGCUAGCGCGGGUGGCAAAGAAACAAUCUCCCGUCGCAGUCGUGCGCGAAACAAUCCGUCCUUGAUGAAGCACAACGACAAUCUGCCAGUGGAGGCUUCUGCGGCGCACACUAACCCUCAGAAGGAGUCCCCAACUGCCCGCAUCUCACCGCUGUCUGCUGAUGAAGUUAAGAGUGCCCUUGAUCCAAAGAACAUCUACAACGAUGACGUCCGUCUGGAGUUUGAUGAGAAGGUGAUGCACGUUCUGAAGGGAACGCCCUGCGACCCUGAGCGAUUUCUCCAUUCGGCUCGGAGUGGCUUCAAAUCCUAUCUAGACCGAACGGUGGAUCCGUCUAAGCUGAUGACCUACAUGAUCGACUAUAGCAAAAAGUACUUUGAUCUGAGCGAGAAUGCUGACGCCUACAGCUCUCAUCGCCAAGAACUGGACAACCUGCUCUGGGACAAUCUGGCCUUUAUCAUACCAAUGCUCUGCCGACAGGUGAUCGAUGUCUUGGAGAGAGAGGAAAUGAUUGUAAUGAAUGUGAAGCCAGACGUGGUGGUCUUCGGCGACAUUCACGGCAACUUUAGCGACAUUCACUACAUCUACCAGAACUUCAUCAUAAACCCGCAGUACGCUCAGACUAAUUUCAUCUUUCUCGGCGACUACGUCGAUCGCGGACCGAAGCCAGUGGAGAUUCUGUGCUUUCUCUUUGCCCUCAAGCUGACCAACCCAAAUCGCAUCUUUCUUCUGAGGGGCAAUCAUGGUGAGUCGUACGAGCAAUGA